AUGAAUGAAGCCGCCCACCUACUGAUCCCCGAGCUGGUGGCUAACCAGACGGUAAGACGCUGGAUUGAAAGCGUGGAGAAGCGCAGUGUCGAGUCCUUCGAGCUGCGGGUCAGGGUCGGCGAGGCAGCCCACUUUGUCGCGGACUGCGCUUGCGCUCUCGGCAGGGAUACUCCUUGGGAGAUCGUCCCUCUGUUCCUGCUCGGGCUCAAGAAGCUCAACAGCGUCGUCGAUCAUCUGGAUAAUGGUAGCGGCUCGCUACUUACGGAGCCGAAGUCAAAGGAGGUUUUCGCGUCGUCCGUGCAGCCAAGCGCAGACUUGGGAGUAGCUAAGAUUCAACGCACGCUCUUUAAAACAGAUAGUGCGGCGGCAUGGCCCUACGACGUGCUGGAGAUCUCGAUCAAAUCCGAGUCAGCGUCGAUGGCCCAGAGGUUGCUGCGGGAUUUGGUCGGAACGUACCUACCCAAUAGGACGGUAGUCCAUCUGUCGACCGAUCCGCUCGAGGAAGGCCAUCUUCUUCCCUAUUUCCGUUCCCCCCACCGCCAUCUCAUUGUCCUAAUUCAUCCUUCCAGAGGGACCAGGGGCCAGACGCAUAUGCUCGCGGCCGCAGCGCGCAGGAGUACGGCCUUUUUCAGGGACAACUCCUUCAUCCAGGGCGAUAUGGACCGGCUCCGGAUAGUCCAUAUCUCCUCAACUGGGUCCUCCUCGCGCUCGCAGUUCACGGCCCGAAGCAACGAUAAACUGCUGUCUCCGGGGGUCUUCGGUAUCUCGCCGCUCCAGCUGGCCGUGAUGCAGUCUGUUCAGUUGCAGUUUCCGAAGCCGGGCCGCUGGAUCGUUGAGAACGACUCGUUCUUUUUGCUCAGCCAGAACUUGGCGUUCAGUGGUGACAACCUCUGUCUUCUGGCAAUCAAACGACCGACAUCCGGGUCAUCGUCGUCAUGGCGAGCGUGUAUUGACAAAUACGAGGCAGCGAGCGGUAAGAACGGCGGCGUGACUGUGAUCAAGAGCUUCCGCAAUAUCCACCCGCACGAGAAUGGGGAGGCGCUGCUGCGGGCGACGACAGGCAUGUUUGUGCCGCACCGGCUGGCGCAGGCGCUGGUGCUCAAGGAAGACGAUUACGCGACACGUACAAGCUCGCUGCUCUUCGAUCUCGUCCUACCACGCUUCAUGGUCAAAUCGGAAUGGGUCUCGCCCCAAGAUAGCUAA